GCAAGAAAGUGCAAAACAGCGACGCAGCUGGCUCAUAACGAAGUGUUUUGCUGCAAAGAGUGCAAAAAAUUUGCACACUGCACGCACAUUGCACGCUACUACUCAAUAUACUUGUACGCGAUUGCUUUUACUUAUAGAUACGUGUGCUUAUUUGUGGGAAAAGUGCAAGAGCAAAAAUCAGGCGGGUAUAAAAGCGUUAAUCGAUUGCAGUGGGAAGCAUAGUUGAGUGAGAGAAGUGCACUUUUGCAAGAUAAUUCGAAAGAAAAGUAGUUAAAAAUAUAUUCAACAUAAAAAUGGGUUGUCCAGCGUGUUGUAAAGACUGCAAAUGUGCUGCAGACAAGUGCGGUGAUGGCUGCCCCUGCGACCAGCAAUGCAAAUGCAAGUGCAAGACCGGCGGCAAAGAUGACUGUUGCAAGAAGUAAAUUUGAUGAGCAUACGAAGAAUUAGAAAUUCAAAUAUCAUUUCUUGUAAGCUCUUAAAUAAAUAGCUCCUUUAGUUAUAUGCGCACAUAAAACGAUUUUUCUACCCCAAAAGGAAGUAUUGAAAUUUCCGCUUUUUGAAAUGAAAAAAAAAAAAAAACAAAUAUCAACAACAAUAAAAGCACUUAGAAAA